AUGAAAAGAAAAUUUGAUGAUGCUUUUGAAUUAGUGGGAGAAGAUAAUAGUGUAUUAGACACGCACAGUAAAUUACUUUCAGGUUCCAAUGAUUUUUUACUUGAGAUAGAGCAAGACGAUACUUUUGCAUUAAGAGACCGUGAAGAAACCUGCAAAAUAUUGGACAAAUAUAACGAAUCACCUUUAUAUUUCAAUAAGUUGUUAGACCUAGAACCGGGUGAUGCUUCAUUAGGAAAACGUGAGGAAGUCCACAGAAUGUUGGGUAAAUACGAAGAAUCACUUCAUGAACUCAAUAGAUUACUAGAAAUUGAUCCGGAAAACGCAGCUUUAUUAAGAAGUCGUGGGGAAACCUACAAAAUGCUGGAUAAGUAUUACGAAUCACUUUCUGACUUAAAUAAAUCAUUAGAAGUGGAUCCAAAUCAUGCUUCGGCAUUAAGAAGUCGUGGGGCAAUAUACGGCAUGUUGAAUAUGUAUGAUGAAUCACUUCAUGACCUUAACAAGUCAUUAGAAUUAGAACAAAAUGACGCCUCUGCGUUAAGAAAUCGUGGAGUAGUUUACAGAAUGUUGGGUAAAUAUAAUGAAUCGCUUUUGGAUCUUGAUAGAUCAUUGAAAAUAGAACCAAAUGACGCUUCUACACUAAGAAAUCGCGGAGUGGUUUAUUCAAUAUUGGGUAAAUAUAAUGAAUCACUUUUGGACUUCGAUAGAUCGCUAGAAAUAGAACCGGAUAAUGCUUUCGCACUAAGAAAUCGUGGAGUAACCUACACAAUGUUGGGUAAAUAUAAAGAAUCGCUUUCGGAUCUUAAUAGGUCACUAGAAGUAGAACCGGAUAAUCCCUUUGCAUCAAAAAACAAAGAAGAAAUUCAUAAGAUCUCGAGUAAAUAUGAUAAAUUAAUUUCGGAUUGUAAGGAAUUGUCAAAGAAACAAAAUGUUAUUCACGGUAGAUUCAGUAGUGAGGAGGAUAAAAAGCUUCUUGAGUAUAUUAAUAAACAUGGCAUUGGAAGGUGGCAAGAUGUUGCAGGCCACGUAGGAACAAGAAACGAAAAACAAUGUAGAGAACGAUACUUUGGCCACUUGGCACCAGAAGUUAAUAAAAGUCCUUUUACGGAAAAUGAAAUCAAAAAAAUAUAUGAAUUGCGAGAAGAGGGCUAUAAAUGGGCUGAAAUCUCCAGAAGACUAGGAAAUGGUCGUACUCCGAAUAACAUUAAAAAUAUUUGGAAUCAAAAAUUAUCCAAAUCACCGGGAGGAAGAGAGUCAAAAAAGAUAAAGGGCGACAAGUUAUCUGUCGAAUCCACGAUUGGUGCGCAAUCUCUCUUAACUUUUUCGGGCAGAGAAUUAGAUUGCCCUUCAGUAUUCCUUAACGACGAAAGGUUGACUAAUGAAUUGCCUAGUAUGCAACUAAUCCCAGGUCUUCCGAAAUAUCACUCACCUUUGAAACCCUUGGAGGGGAUAACGUAUAACAAACAAUUAAAUAUUCAAUUACCACCUAUUAUCUCGUAUAUGCAAAUGUUUCAGCAAUAA